AUGGUGUUGUGGGAGCUUACUCUGGGAACAUCGUACUUCUUGGGGCUGAAGGGGACUUACCGACAUGCAUUGAAGACCCAGCGUCGUAUUGUUAGCCCUGAGCAUCCGAGGAUCCGACAGUUUCUGCAUCGGAGGACUCAUCAAAUCUUUGAUAUGGCACUUAGGGUCCGCAAGAACAUAGGCGAGGCGACAAUCAUAGGCGAGGCCGAGAGACUAUUAGAGUCCACCCGUCUCAUGGCACUUAAUGUCCGCAAGAACAUUCAACAGAGAGACAUGGAACUUGGUCGGGAUCUUGGAAACUGGACUCUCCGUUGGGUCGACCAGAUGGAGCCACCGGCGGCUAAGGUUCUACGACCAAAACAUACUACAGAAGCGGAAAUCAUAGCCGAGGCCGAGAGACUGUUUGAGUCAACCCGUCUCAUGGCACUUAGUGUCCGCAAGAACAUACAGCAGAGAGACAUGGAACUUGGUCGGGAUCUUGGAAACUGGAUUCUACGCUGGCUCGACCGGAUGGAGCCACCAUCGGCUAAACAUGAAGAAGCUUGCUUGGAUUCGCCAACCUGA